AUGGAGGCAAUGAAUAAAGGAAGAAACAUUACUGAGAUCACCCAAUUUAUCCUCCUGGGAUUCUCUGAUUUCCCCCAAAUCACAGCACUGCUCUUUGUUAUGUUCCUCAUCCUGUAUAUUACAACACUGACCUGGAACCUAUGCCUGGUUGUUUUAAUAAGGAUGGACUCCUACCUCCAUACACCUAUGUACUUCUUCCUCAGUAAUCUGUCCUUUAUAGACAUCUGCUAUAUCACUUCUACAGUCCCAAAGAUGCUUUCCAAUCUCUUCCAGGAAAAGCAAACUAUCAGCUUUGUGGGAUGCAUUGUUCAAUACUUCAUGUUUUCCACAGUGGGACUGAGUGAAUCUUGCCUCAUGACAGCCAUGGCCUAUGACAGGUAUGCUGCCAUUUGUAACCCUCUUCUCUACUCAUCAAUCAUGUCACCCACCCUAUGUGCUCAGAUGGUGAUGGGCAGUUAUACAGCAGGAUUCAUAGGUUCUAUAUCUCAAAUAAUUGCCUUGCUGCAGCUCCACUUCUGUGGACCUAAUGUCAUCAGACAUUUCUUCUGUGACCUGCCCCAGCUGUUAAAACUAUCCUGCACUGACACGUUUUUGGCACAGGUAGUGGUUCUCAUAGUAACAGUGCUGUAUUGUCUUAUAAAUGCCCUAGUCAUCAUGGUAUCCUAUGGCUAUAUCAUCUUGUCCAUCAUGAAAAUCACUUCAGCGAAGGGCAGGUCCAAGGCCUUCAACACCUGUGCUUCUCACCUGACAGCUGUUUCCCUAUUCUACACCUCCAGUGCUUUUGUCUAUUUCAGUUCCAGCUCUGGUGGCUCCUCAAGAUUUGACAGAUUUGUGUCUGUUUUCUACACUGUGUUGAUUCCUAUGUUGAACCCUUUGGUGUAUAGUCUAAGGAACAAGGAAAUCAAAGAUGCUUUAAAGAGGUUACAGAAGAAGCCAGGAUGUUACUAA